AUGGACGGAUCCGGCAUGAAAGGUGUGGAAUUGAACGAUAGUGAUGCAGGCACUCGAAAAAGCAGUCGCAUUAGCAGGAUUUACGUUGAGGGAUACGACACUUCGCUCUCUGGCCAUGAUUUGUUUGCCUUGGUUUAUCUUCGGGGAGACGAGAAGGCGUUGAAACUUGGUGAAAGUGACGUGGGAGGACACAAGGUAGUCGCUAAGGCAUACCCGUUCCCUGAGCUCGCUCCUACGAGAGACCAAGAGAACAAGGAAAAUUAUUUGAUGGGAGUUGGGGGAUAUGACAUUUCGCUUCCUGCGGAAUAUGUCAAGAGCAUGCUGAUUCGACAUUUCUCUAUAUGUGGACGUGUCUUGAGUGUUCUUUGUUACAAGGAUGAAAGCAAAGGUGUUCUCUACAGCAAAGCUUUGCUUUCUCUUGUGGGACAAGACGCAGUAGACAAGGCGCUACAACAUUGCGGAAGUGAUGUGGAAGGAUUGAAGAAUAUUGAAGUGUCUAUGGUUGCGCCGCCAGACAAGAAACCGGCCGGGAGCGGCUUUAACUCGUGGCCAAGGAAGAGAAUCAAACCUGACGUCCAGGACUUACCCUGA